UGUGUGUCUGUGCAGCAGAAAUCAGAUCCCCAACUAGCCUGCACUGUCUUAGCUAGCUAGCUGCUGGGUGGGAUAUAUUAAAUUUCAUCCAAAAUUAAAAGAUCAGAUCCCCAUGGUGGUGAAAGUAUAUGGACCGGUGAGAGCAGCUUGCCCGCAACGGGUGAUAGCUUGCCUUCUGGAGAAGUGGGUAGAAUUUGAGGUUGUGCAUGUUGACCUUGAUUCCGGUGAGCAUAAGCGGUCCGACUUCCUCCUCCUCCAGCCCUUUGGACAAGUUCCAGUCAUAGAGGACGGUGACUUACGGCUAUUUGAAUCAAGAGCCAUCAUAAGGUACUAUGCAGCAAAAUAUGAGGACAGAGGGGACAAUCUACUGGGGAGGAGCUUGGAGGAGAGAGCGAUGGUAGACCAAUGGCUGGAGGUGGAGGCCCACAAUUUCAACGACCUGGUCUACAACCUGGUACUGCAGCUUGUGGUCUUCCCCAGGACGGGGCGGCACAGCGACCUUGCGAUUGUUGACAGCUGCGAGCGGAAGCUCGAGAAGGUGCUAGACGUUUACGAGCAGCGGCUUUCCCACAGUGCCUACCUAGCCGGCGAUGCCUUCACGCUGGCUGACCUCAGUCACCUGCCUGCCCUCAGAUACCUGAUGGAUGAAGCUGGCAUGGCCAACUUGGUCCGAGACCGCAAGUCCGUCAGUGCUUGGUGGGACACCAUCUCCAGCCGCCCUUCCUGGAAGAAACUCCUCCAACUGCUUUAAUUGGUUGAUUAAAUAUCAGGUCAGAGAUCCUAUAUUGGAUAGACGCCGCAGUUAAUCAGUAGCACCGGGAGGGACCUCUGUUAAGUAAUAAUCUAGCAAAGAGCAUGUCGAAUUCAUUAUGGUUGAUAGUUGUUUCGCAAUUAUGUACUGUUUGCAUUCAUGAGUAAUAAAAGUAAUCCUCUCAUGCGUCUAAUCACCCAA